GCGGGCUCCGCGGGGGCGGACGGCGGCGGCGGGCGGUGGGCCAGCCCCGAUGUGCGGGCGGCGGCGGCGGGCCGCGGCCCCGCUCCGCCCCGGUUCUGCCCCGUGCCUGGCUGCUGCGCGGCUCUGAGGAGGAGGAGGAGGAAGGACAGGAGGAAGGUGGUCGCUGCCGCCGCCGCUCCGGCAUGAGCGCGGCUUUUCAGCCCUCGCUGAUGAUGAUGCAGCGCCCGCUGGGAAGCAGCACGGCCUUCAGCAUCGAUUCGCUCAUCGGCAGCCCCCCGCCGCCAGCUCCCGGCCACUUCGUCUACACCGGCUACCCCAUGUUUAUGCCCUACCGGCCCGUGGUCCUUCCGCCGCCCCCCCCGCCGCCCCCGGCGCUCCCGCAGGCCGCCCUGCAACCGGCUCUGCCUCCCGCGCAUCCCCACCAUCACCAGCUGCCCAGCCUGCCCACAGGCUUCUGCUCCAGCCUGGCUCAGGGCAUGGCCCUCACCUCCACGCUCAUGGCCACGCUGCCCGGCACCUUCCCCGCCUCCCCUCAGCACCAAGAGGCCGCCAGGAAGUUCGCACCCCCGGGGAACUUCGAGAAAGCCGAGGGAAUUCCCUCAGACGGCGGCGGGGACGAUGGCAAAGCCUUCCUGGGGAAGGACGGAGCCCUCCUGCCCUUCCCUGCCACCGACGCCGUCCAGGCCUCCCUCGCCGGGGCUCUGCGGGGCCAGGGAAAGGAGGACCCUAAAACGGAAGAGGAUGCGAAAGGCAAAGAGGAAAGUUUCUCCAUGGACAGCGAUCUAGACUAUAGCUCGGACGACAACAUCCCUGGCCAAGCAGCUCACAAGGAAGAGGACUCUGGCAAUGUGCUGGAGGAAAACCCCCAAAACCCCCCCAAUUCUACCAACACCACGUCCACGGGCAAAAACCGACGGAGGCGAACAGCCUUCACCAGCGAGCAGCUGCUGGAGCUGGAAAAGGAGUUUCACUGCAAAAAGUACCUGUCCCUGACAGAGAGGUCCCAGAUCGCUCAUGCCCUCAAACUGAGCGAGGUGCAGGUGAAAAUCUGGUUCCAGAACAGACGGGCUAAAUGGAAACGGGUCAAGGCGGGCAACGCCAAUUCCAAGACAGGGGAGCCCUCCCGAAACCCUAAGAUUGUGGUCCCCAUCCCGGUGCAUGUCAGCAGGUUUGCAAUCAGGAGUCAGCAUCAGCAGCUGGAGCAAGCUCGACCCUGAUCUCUCCCGACGCUCAGAACCACAAUGCUUUGAAGGAAAAGUUUCCAAAUUGGGGUUUGAAAGUGACC